AUGGCCGAGCUCCCAACCUUCGAGCACACGCCCGUCGACGAUAUCCCCGCGAUUGCCGCACGAGUGCGCUCCAGCUUCCUCUCGCACAAGACGCGCCCGCUCGAAUUCCGCAUCCAGCAAUUGCGCAAGCUCUACUGGGCGCUCAAGGACAAUGAGGCCCUCGUCACCGAGGCGUGCAAGCGCGAUCUCGGCAAGUCGUCGUUUGAGACGUACUUGGUCGAGAUCUCGUGGUGCAUGAAUGACUGCGUGUGGAUGGCCAACAACAUACCACGCUUCGCAAAGGACGAGAAGCCCGCAGACAUUGCUCUGUCAAACCAGCUGAUGGGCCCGCGCAUCAGAAAGGACCCUCUCGGCACGGCGCUGAUCAUUGGUGCUUAUAAUGUCCCAUUUCGACUGUCCCUCGGCCCCCUCAUUGGAGCCAUCGCUGCCGGUUGUACUGCCAUUCUGAAGCCAUCCGAGUCUGCGCCUCAUGCAGCGGUUGUACUUGCGAAGAUCGUGGCUGAGCUUGAUCCCUCAUGCUACACAGUCGUCCAAGGUGCCAUCCCCGAGACGACAACGCUGCUUGAUCAGAAAUGGGACAAGAUCUUCUACACAGGCUCCGAGACUGUCGGCGUUAUCAUCGCGAAGAAGGCAGCCCAGACCCUUACACCGCUGACGCUUGAGCUGGGAGGCAAGAAUCCCGCCAUUAUCACUAGAAACGCAAAUAUCACACUGGCUGCGAGGAGGCUUUUGUGGGCAAAGACGCUAAACGCUGGUCAGAUCUGCCUUAGCCAAAACUGCACUUUCAUCGAUCGUGAGGUUGUGCCAGCCUUUAUACAAGAGUUGAAGAAUACGCUCAACGAGUUUUAUCCAGGUGGCGCUCGCCAAUCUCCCGAUUACGGGCGCAUCGUGAAUCAGAAGCAGUUCCAGCGCUUGAAGCAGAUGCUAGACACAAGCAGCGGCAAGAUUGUUGUCGGUGGCACCAUGGAUGAGAGCGAUCUAUUCAUCGAGCCCACAGUCGUCGAGGUCAACGACAUCAACGACAGCCUAGUCAGCAACGAAAGUUUUGGCCCGCUGCUGCCCAUCUUCCCCGUCACCGACCUGGACGAGGCUAUCAAGAUCGCAAACGAGGUAGACGACACGCCGCUUGGCACCUACGCCUUCGGAAACAAGAAGGAGAUGGAGCAAAUUCUUAGCCAAACCCGCUCCGGUGGCGCUUCCCUCAACGACGGCUUCUUUCACGGCUCCGUCCCCAACUUGCCCUUUGGCGGCAUCGGAUCCUCCGGCCAGGGCGCCUACCAUGGCAAAGCUUCCUUUGAAGCCUUUACCCAUCGUCGCUCUAUUACUACAACACCAGCCUGGAUUGACCGCAUGCUCGAUGUCCGCUACCCACCGUAUUCGCUGAAGAAAAAGCAGAAGUUUGCCAAUAUGAGCGAGAUCAAGCCCAACUUUGAUCGCCAGGGGAAGACGCUGGGCUGGGGAAGUUGGUUCCUGGGCCUGCUAGGCUUGAAGGGUUUGGCUGUUCUUGUCGCUGCCAUUGGCAUUAGGCAAUAUUUGCAGCGACGUGCCAAGUUGUAG